GUGUUUCCUCCGCAAUUCCAGCUGAUCUCAGACCGCAGACGGAAGUGGUUUCUUCGCGUUACUCUGCCUUUGAAAUUAGCCUGUCACUCCCCGUCCACAAAGUGAUACCAAGGCGGAGAACACCGACGUGAGGGUUUUAAACAAAGAUUAUUAAUAAUAAUGUAUUUUCUUAAAUGAGGGAUAGCUACCCGUAGCUCAGGGGGGGUUAUCCCGUCCCUUCCAAUCACACCGCUUUCUCCCCCGGACCGUGUGAUUUUCCCUUUUUUCCGAACUGUCAUGAGCUCAGUUCGGAGAUGGCAUCCUUUCAGAGUUACUGUAAGACUGCCGGGACAGAAGAGGAGGAGAACGGGGACCUCGACCAGUCUCUGCCGCAGAUGCUGAAGGCUAUCGCAGAUGAGCGAAACCGCCUCAAUGUCAGACAAGAAAUCAGCGGGCUCGGGUGCUUUAAGGACGACCGGAUCGUGUUCUGGACCUGGAUGUUCUCCACGUACUUCAUGGAGAAGUGGGCCCCGCGGCAGGACGACAUGCUGUUCUACGUGCGCAGGAAGCUGUCAUACGUCAGCCCCGACAACACCGAGGGCAAGAAGGUGGAGGUGGAGGUCUACAGGAGGGACUCUAAGAAGCUUCCGGGCCUGGGGGACCCCGACAUCGACUGGGAGGAGAGCGUGUACCUCAACCUCAUUCUACAGAAGCUGGACUAUGUGGUCACGUGUGCAGUCUGCACACGCUCAGAUGCGGGGGACAUCCACAUUCAUAAGAAGAAGUCUCAGCAAGUGUUCGCCUCCCCCAGUAAGAAUCCGAUGGACAGCAAGGGCGAGGAGUCCAAGAUGAGCUACCCCAACAUCUUCUUCAUGAUCGACAACUUCGAGGAGGUGUUCAGUGAGAUGACGGUGGGGGAGGGGGAAAUGGUGUGUGUGGAGCUGGUCGCCAGUGAUAAGAGCACCACCUUUCAGGGAGUCAUCUUCCAGGGGUCCAUCCGCUACGAAGCCCUGAAGAAGGUCUAUGACAACCGGGUGAGUGUGGCAGCGAAGAUGGCACAGCGCAUGUCGUUUGGCUUCUACAAGUACAACAACAUGGAGUUUGUGCGCAUGAAGGGCCCACAGGGUAAGGGCCACGCGGAGAUGGCCGUCAGCAGAGUGCCCACCGGAGACACCUCCCCCUGCAACACUGAGGAGGACCCCGACUCCCCCGUGCACAUGGCUGUGACGUCGUUCAGCACCCCGCCCACGCCGGAGCGCACGCGCCCCUCCUUCUUCUCGCCGUCGCUGCGCAGGAAGGUGCCCCGCAGUCACAUGGCCGAGAUGAAGAAGUCCCACUCCGCCAACGACAGCGAGGAGUUCUUCAGGGAGGAGGACGGGGGAGACCUGCACAACACCAGUAACCUGCGGUCACGCUCGCUCUCUGGGACUGGCCGGUCGCUGGUGGGCUCGUGGCUGAAGCUGAACCGGACGGAGGACUACUUCCUGCUGUACUCCCACCUGACCUACGUCACCCUGCCUCUGCACCGCAUCACCACUGACAUACUGGAAGUGAGACAGCGGCCCAUCCUGAUGACAUAGCAGCGAGACCCACUGCCUCAGAAACGCUCUACCAAGUGCCUCCUGCAUCAGGCCACAACACAACACAACACCGCCACCUAGUGUCACGGCAGAGAACCAAAAAAAGAGAACAAAAAAAAAAAAGGGAAGUCUUCUGAAAGAAAAGAAAAACCAGCCAAUCAAAAAGUGCCUCUUCCCUCCUCCCCACCACUGCUCAGCGAGGAUCAGCGGGCGCGAGGCGUCUCCCAGGCAACAGGUCACUGCCUCUGGACCCCCGCCCCGCUUUCAGAAUAAGGAUUUAUUGACGGUGGUUUUUCCGCUGACCUGGAACUGACACUGCACUGGCUGGACUGGAGAAGAAGACUCCGCCUUUCCUGUAAAUAACUCUGUGCCUCUCAGCACAGACUCCGAACAAACACCCCUUCCCUUUCCGUACCUGGUCUUCUGACACAAAGGGAUGUACAGACUGCUUUUUUACCCUUGUAGGCGUGCGUUAAGCGUUAAAGCGUUUCAGUGUUGGGGUGGGGUGGGGUGGGGGGAUCAGGGGUCAGAUGGUCUCUGUGUGCUGUGGCCUUUCUAUGCUCCAAUAACGCGCCUUCUGUGUGUCCGACCGUCAGCACUGAUACUGUGUGCUAAUCGUGCUAUCGUGCUAACCGCGCUCGCUGUAGGACGCAGCUGUGCACUUACUCACCGCCCCCCCCCCCCCUCUCCCAGGCUCCCGCUUCGUCUUACUGUAUGUCCGAGUCUCGCCCAGGUGAACUUCGCCCAGGUGAACGCGUCGCCCACGAACAAAAGCAAGCCCUGCAGAGCCGGCACCUGACCGCUUCCGCUGCUGCUGAUUGGCCGCUUUCUGCUGAUCAAACCGUGGGCUUCCUGUGGUUAACUGGCCCCAUGAGUGUUCUGAGUGGGAUCAUGGUAUUAUCAUGUCUGUACUGUUAUUUUAUCUUCAGUCAGUGGGCUCCAAAUGUAGAUUAUGGGAUAUCCUACAAGCAAACCAGCCUACCCAGAAGAAAAAAAAAACCUAUUUAUUUGUAUAUAGAGAACGGCAUCACUUUGACCUGGGCCACCUGUACCUCGCCUAAUAUGGACAAGGACAGGACGGUCCUCUGCCAGGUAACAGCUCCGCCAAUCACUAGUGCUUCACCCAAACGCACACCUCCACCUGCUUGCUGUCCUGAGUAAGGGCAGGUGUACGCUGGCGUGUGGGGGGACUUUGGGGGAGAUCGUGGAGGAGGAGGGCACAGGGGUGGAGUUUCCCAGGACAGCUGCCCUCUCCACCCUCCCCCUGUAGGACAGGAUCAAAUCUUCCAAACCUGGAACACGCGCGGGUGGCAGGAGGGGUUCUGAAGUGGAGUCAGGAUUUCCUCCUGAACCGACGAGGCCCCGCCCACUGUGUGCGCUGCCCAAUGCCCUGUGAGUGACGGAGCCUAGGACAUCGCAUUGCCCCGCCCUCCUCCAUCUCAGUCGCCGUAGCAACAGUUCAACAAACGGCGACACGCGGCAGCGGCAGGCGGGACGUGAUGGCCGUUCUCGCUGCGUCACACGCUGCGGGUCUCCGUCACACGGAGCGGCGUCUGAAACCUUUCCUCUCAACAUCCAAACGGUCAUCUGGGUAAUCUGUGGCUGUGCUGUAAAUAACGGCAAACCAGGCAGCUCUCGAGCAAAGCGAACAAACACUGCGACUUUACCGUGUGUGGUUCUCAGCAGCACAACAGCAUUAACGUUACCUGUGGACUGCAGAGCUGCAGGAGCGGUCAGGACCGCUCGAAUAACGUCCGUCUGCGGCAGACACGGGUCUCUGCUCCGCGUUUCAGAACUGCUUUUUAAACAUUUUCAGCCCACGCUGGUUUUUAUGAUUCUCAUGAGCUUGUAGAAGCCUGUACGCGAGAUAGGAGGCGGUUUUACUUUCCUUCGUCACAGCGUCUGUCACGUGGCACACAGACGAUACUCACGCUUUAACGGCCACUUUUUAUAUCCAGCAAAGAGACGUCGUGGUGGAUGUGCAUGUUCAGUCCAUACUCUGUCCCUUUUCUGUACUUCAUGAAAAUACAGAUUGCAGAUAAAACAUCA